AAUUCUAAACUACCGCAAAUCAUUACGAAAAUUACCUUCGACCGUUUAACACUCAUCGAGCCAAGAAAUACUUAGCAUCAGUGAAUGAAAAUUGUAUUGAAUUUCAUCGUAAUUGUAAUUCGAUAAAACUAUUUGGUAAUCCAGCGAUGGAUAAGAUAAUACUUUUGACUCUGCUCAGUUUAAUCGGAUCAGUGACGAUAGGUAACGCUCAACUCCAAUGUCACGUGUGCAGGAAUUGCCCAAAUCCGAAUGAGUUGGACUCUUAUACGUUAGAGCAAUGUAGUUUACAAACCACCACUACCACCACAACUACUAGCACUACAACAACACCUCCAGAAGACACAACAACACCUCCAACAGACACAACAACACCUCCAACAGAUACAACAGUACCUCCAAUAGAUACAACACUACCUCCAACAGAUACACCACUUCCACCUACAGAUACAACAUUUCCACCGACAGAUACAACACUUCCACCCUCGCCUCCACCUACAGACACAACAGUUGAUGGACCCAUUAUCACAACACAACCUCCACCUGUUACUCCUCCAUCGACAACACCACAAAUUCCAGUGAGUCCACCUGAAUUCUCGGGACGAAAAUUUGUACAGCGUGUACGCCAAUCGCUUGAAGGGUUCCAAUGUUUCGUUGUCCAUCAAACAGUCGGAGACUCGGUGCAGGUAAACCGUGGAUGUGUACCGAUUCAAGAAACGUCCGAUCAAACUUGCAGCGAUGCAAAUGAGGGAGAAGAUCCAGAAUUUUGUCGAUUGUGUGCAUAUGAUGGAUGCAACGGUGGUACGAAGUAUGCAGUUUCGUUAGUAAUUUUAUUAAGUUCACUUUUCGUUACUUUUACAAUUCGUUAAAAUUGGUGGACUUUUUUGUGAAAAUAAAUUUUUUGAUUUUAAUUUUA